ACUAUACUCCGAGAAAUAUGAGAGAACUUAUUACGGAGGACAAUAGUGAAAAUGCAACUACAUAUAAGGAUAGCAGCGAUCUGCAGAAAAACAAAGGUGACUGCUCAACUGAUUGGCUUUCAACCAUGCCCACGAUCCCAACACACUAUAACAAUUCUUUGAAUGACUAUCCGAAAUAUCAAGAUAGUGAGGGAACUUUCGAGUUCAAUAUAGGAUCUGAGGGAGCUAUAAAUCUUAACCAAAUAAGUCAGCCAAGUAAUAUUGCAAAACCGGUUGGUUAUGGUUUUCAUGGAAAUGAUGGCAGCACGACUAGUCUUUGUGGAGGUGCUCUUAGUGGACGAGCAUCUAAUACUAAUAAUGGUCACGGUUAUACUAAUGGUAAUGGUGCUCAUGUUGGAGUUCUAGCAAAUGGAAGCAUGGUUAGUGCAUCACAACCGUCCAAUCUUUCACAAACAGCACAACAGCCAAUGCCCACUUUGAAUUUAUUUCCAAGUAAUACAAUGUUUGCCAUGGAUAAUCCAAACCAUUUAAGGCAACAGGAGCUUCUACCACAGUUAUAUCCACUCAUCUAUGACUCUAGCAUUGGAGGGAUAAGGAUGUUGACUCCGCCUCUAGAUGAUGGUGAAGACCUCCUCAGAAGCUACCUUGGUGAGGACGAGGACAUGCAAAACACCGCAACCACGGACAUGGCCCAUGGAAUGCAGAAUGCAGCAACCAUGGACAUUACACUGGGAAUAACAAAUUCUGCAACUGUGGAGAUGACCCAAGAAAUUUCAGGAGAUGGUGCUGCUGGUCAGACCAAUGCAAUGCAGCUUCAAGGCCACGGCAGUGAGUUUUUCAACACGGAUAGUACUACUGUUGAAACAGCCGGCAUAUCAGGUACAGGUGGACUAGGAACAGACGAGAUGAUGCAUGGGGUAAAUAUGGAUGAAUUUAACAAAUUUAUGAAUGAGAAGGUAUGUACUAUUCUCAGUAUUAGCAUGCCUGCAUUUUUCUAUUUCAUUGUCCUUCUAAAAUUUGCGAGAACUUAA